UGGCCCUGGUCUCCAUCCUCCUGGGUGCCAUCACGGCCAUCUGUGGUGGGAUCCUGAUGGCCUUCCUGGUGAAGCAGGAGUUCCUGGCAGAUCACCUGGUGGAGCUGCAGGGCCUGCGCUAUGAGAGCAGUCUGCAGUGCCCGAGCUCCAGCUAUCACCGCACCUUGACCCCCGUCCUGGAGAGGCUGUUCAAAAGCAGCUUUCAGAACUCAGCCCUGGAAGGGACCUGUGCCAGGUGCUCCAUCUUGCAAUACAGGAAGGGCAAUGCCAGCAUCCUGGUCCACUUCCGCCUGUGGUUCUCCUCUCAGCCGCUCAGCCCAGACGCAGAAGAGCAGGCGCUGGAGAGGGGCCUGGCAGCUGCGCUGGGCAACGGAGGAAUCGCCCUGCCCUCCUACGGCACCAUCUGGGCAGCCUCUCUCACAGGGCUGAGCAGCGACUCCCCUUCAGGAACAGGACUGAAAUCAGGCACCUGCCCAGGGACGGCCUUCACCUGCCACAGCGGCCAGUGUGUGCCACGUGAGAAUGUGGAGUGCGAUGACCGGAGUGACUGCCUGGACGGCUCCGAUGAGGCAGAGUGCGACUGUGGGUCUCGGCCGGCCAUGCAGGCAGCCAACCGGAUUGUCGGGGGGUCGGAGGCCACCCGGGGGGAGUUCCCCUGGCAAGUCAGCCUGCGGGAGAACAACGAGCACUUCUGUGGGGCCACAAUCCUGGCUGCCAAGUGGCUGGUGUCUGCAGCGCACUGUUUCAACGAGUUCCAGGAUCCGGGCACCUGGACGGCCCAUGCAGGCACCGUCUGGCUGAGCAGCAGCAGCGAGAGUAGCGCGGUGAAGGCUGGCGUGAGCCACAUCCUCAAGCACCCCUCCUAUGACACAGACACGGCCGACUAUGAUGUGGCGCUGCUGGCGCUCUCCGAGCCAUUGCCCUUCGGCAAGUACGUCCAGCCUGCCUGCCUGCCGUCCUCCAGCCAUAUCUUCCCCUCUGGCAAGAAGUGCUACAUCUCCGGCUGGGGCUACCUCAAGGAGGACUUUUUGGUGAAGCCGGAGCUGCUGCAGAAGGCCGUGGUGGAGCUGUUGGACCAGACACUAUGUGCCAGCCUGUACAGCAAUGCCCUCACCGACCGGAUGCUGUGUGCCGGCUACCUGGAGGGCAAGGUCGACUCCUGCCAGGGGGAUUCUGGGGGCCCGCUGGUCUGUGAGGAGCCCUCGGGCCGCUUCUUCCUGGCCGGAAUCGUCAGCUGGGGCAUCGGCUGCGCAGAGGCCAAGCGCCCAGGAGUCUAUGCCCGGGUCACCAGGCUGCGGAACUGGAUCCACAACACCAUGGCCACGUUCACGGACCCACCAGGCACCACCCUCCCCACAACGGCCUCCACCACCCUCCUCCCCCUGGCGUCCACCAAGGGCACCAGCACCACUGGCAAACCCCUACCCAGCCCCACCACGGCCGGGGGCAGGCCAGCUGGCACGGUACCACGCCCCCAAGAGUGCGGCCGCCGGCCUGGCUUCUCCAAGCCCAUCAAGAUUGUGGGGGGCCUGGAUGCCUCUCGCGGGGAGGUCCCCUGGCAGGUCAGCCUGAAGGAGGGGCUGCACCACUUCUGUGGGGCCACCAUCAUCGGGGAACGGUGGCUCCUUUCAGCUGCCCACUGCUUCAACCACACCAAGGUGGAGCACCUGACAGCCUUCGCAGGCACCACCUGGCUGUCGGCGGCAGAGAGCAGCUCUGUGAAGGUGAGCGUGAGGCAGGUGGUGCCGCACCCCUCCUACAACCCGGCCCUGCUGGACUUUGACGUGGCCGUCCUGGAGCUGGAGCGCCCCCUCCCCUUCGGCAAGGUCAUCCAGCCCAUCUGCCUCCCUCUGGCCAUCCACAAGUUCCCCGUGGGCAGGAAGUGCAUGAUCUCCGGCUGGGGGAGCCUCCAGGAAGGCAAUGCCUCCAAACCAGAGAACCUCCAGAGAGCCUCUGUGGGAAUCAUUGACCAGAAAACCUGCAAUGUCCUCUACAACUUCUCCCUGACAGAGCAGAUGAUCUGUGCUGGGUUCCUGGACGGGAAGGUUGACUCCUGUCAGGGCGACUCAGGGGGGCCCCUGGCCUGUGAGGAGACGCCAGGCGUGUUCUACCUGGCGGGGCUGGUCAGUUGGGGGGUCGGCUGUGCGCAGGCCAGGAGACCCGGCGUCUACACCCGCAUCACCAAGCUCAAGGCCUGGAUCCUGGAAACUAUCUCACCAUGCCCCAGCUCCACAACCACGGCCGCGACCACAUCCAGCACCACAACCAGUGGCAGCGCCUCCUCCUCCCCCAGCCUGCCUUUGGCUAGUCAAAGGACCACCCAGGCCACCCCCAGCACAGCCAGGCCACCAACCAACACCCCGAGAGCCACCCAGUUCGCAGUUCACAUUUAGCUCUGCUCACCCACAACCAGACAGGGCAGGGGGCUCACAAGGGCCCAGGCGUCCUCUCAGCCUGCUUCUCUUCCCACCCACCUAGACUGUGGCUCGACCUCAGCUUUGGCCUUCAGCAAGAUCGUGGGGGGCACUGGCGCAGCACGGGGGGAGUGGCCGUGGCAAGCGAGCCUGUGGCUGCGGAGGAAGGAGCACAAGUGUGGGGCGGUGGUGGUGGCUGACCGCUGGCUUCUCUCGGCUGCCCACUGCUUCGAUGUCUACAGCGACCCGAAGAUGUGGGUGGCCGUCCUGGGGACUCCCUUCCUGAGCGGCCUGGACGGGCGGGUGGAGAAGGUCUUCCAGAUCCACAAGCACCCCUUCUACAACAUCUACACGCUGGAUUACGACGUGGCGCUGCUGGAGCUGGCCUCCCCGCUGAGCUUCACCAGCACCAUCAAGCCUAUCUGCCUGCCAGACCACGCCCACCUCUUCGGCCAGGGCGCCCGCUGCGUCAUCACCGGCUGGGGCUCCACCAAGGAGGGAGGGCUGAUGGCAAGGCAGCUGCAGAAGGCGGCCGUCAACCUCAUUGGGGAGCACGACUGCCGCCGCUUCUACCCCGUCCAGAUCAGCAGCCGCAUGGUCUGCGCAGGGUUCCUGCAGGGGUCCGUUGACAGCUGCUCUGGUGAUGCCGGCGGCCCCCUGGCCUGCAAAGAGGCUUCAGGAAGGUGGUUCCUGGCGGGCAUCACCAGCUGGGGCUACGGCUGCGCCCGUCCUUACUUCCCGGGGGUCUACGCCCGAGUGACGGCCGUGCGGGGCUGGAUCGCGCAGAACCUCAAGGCGUGACUCAGGGAGGAGGCAGGGAAGUGGGGCCUGGCCGGGAGACAGACAAACAACUGUCCUUUGGAAGACCCUGCCCUGCCUUUAACCAACAGAAGCACUUUUAGGACAUGUUUUCUCUGAAUAAAGAGGCUCGCCUGCCUCACUUGGACUUCGCACAAAGGGCAGGAGGAGGCUCCCCCUUCCUCUCCUGGCCGGUCCACUCCACCACCCCAUGAUCUCUGGCCAUUACCCUCAUGGAAGGA